GUGAAGUGUGGGGUAGUGGGGAAGCUCCAAAUGAACCUCAAUUGUACUGUAAUAUCAUUUGAGAAGUCUCAUAGUCGUCCAGAAGCCCCUUCUCUUUGCAUUUCCAAGGCGUUGUCCUCGUUUCUUGCCUCUCUUCACUGCAACCUUCAUCCAUCAAGAUGCCGGUCUGCGCAAUCCACCUUUUGUCUCUCCACACCGCAACCAAGACCAUCCCCGCCUUCCUCCAUACCCUCCAUUCUCACUCCUCAACACUCAAACCCCUCGUUGUUUCGCGAGUAAUCCGCUGGAUCAUCCUCCCCACCUCCCUGUCAACCCCAGAGCUCCUAGCACAGAACAUCCACUGGGACAUCCUGCUCAUCGUAGCCUCCACCACUCCUCUCCCCACCUCUCUCCAAAAUUUAAUCCAACACCAAUGGACAGUCUACGCAGGCGUUCCGUCUCGCCUUCUCGCGGACUUCCACUCAAAGAACCACCGUCUCUUGCAUCCCGAGAAAGGCGAUAUCCCGCCUCUCACAGGAUCACUGGACAAACCGCGAAUUGCAACUUCAGCACAAGGUCUAGAACUAAGUCCCGAGCUGCGAGAAUGGAUCCAAACUUUCAGUCAAUCCUCAGAAGGGCAAGGCGCAGUAUCGAUGUUGAAUCUCCUCGCUUUCCAGCCAGGUAAAAAGGAAGAUUAUCUCAAGUACGGUGCAGAGUUUUCGAAAUCCAUCGGCUCGCGUCGCGGUGGAAACGCAAAGAUUGUUGGGAGUGUGGUCCACGACGCAGGGGGAGAGGAUGGCGAGGCAUGGGACGAAGUGGCGCUAGCGCACUACCCUUCUAUCCUGCAUUUUGCAGAUAUGCUCGCAUCUCAGGACUACCAAGCUGUGAAUCAGAAGUAUCGAGUGCCUAGUCUGAAAGAUACGUUUAUUUUGUGCACGUCUGAGAUCGGAAUAGAUGAUUUCGGGAGCGGGAGGGAAGGACCGAAAUUGUGAGCUUCGGGUGCGGAUGAGGGAGGCAGUCUGGAUCGCAAUGGCACUCAGAUUAUAUCCUCAGUCAACAUUUCAAUGCCCCAUAUAUUCAAUGUCCUUCCACCACCUAGAAGAUCCUAAAACGAAAUAGAUUCUUUUCAUCUAGACAUGAACUUUCAACCUCAGCAAUAAUUAAUUUUCACAUAAUAUAUUUACGAUUACGAAAGAGAACAGAGGGGCGACUUCAAGAUGGCAGAUUUAACGCCACCACCCAGCCCUUGCCGCCUAUCCUCACAGAACCCUUGCCGCCUCUCCUCGCCCUGCCCAAAUCGUCUUUCCUCACUAAGAUAUAUCUCCCCACCAAAUCGCCUCUCCUCUCCAACAAGGGAUCUCCAUCGCAUCCCCGACCGUCACCGCUCUAUCACGAAA